CGGGCGAGUGUCUGUGCCGGCCGUGUGCAGUGAUAUAAAGUGCAAAACGGAAUUAAAAGUGGAUUUACAUGCAUAAAUUGUGAUAUGUGUGGAUUUCUGGAUUAUUUCCUGCUGCACCCAUGGAUGGAUUGUUGUUGUUGAGGAGUGCGGGCGGCGUGGGCGUGUUAGAGAGGGUGGCUGGGGCCUUCUAGUGCCGCCCUGGACACUCCACGCCAGCAGCAGGGACCCCUGGCAGUGUCGCUACAGUAAGCGCUCUUUCUCAGUGCCGCAGGGCCGGGCGAGGCCCUCUAGGGCUGCCCACAGUGUCGUGCAAUAAGUGUGGUGGUGGCCAGUGUGGUGGUGGCAGUGUGGUGGUGGCAGUGUGGUGGUGGCAGUGUUGGUGGUGACAGUGUGGUGCGCGAGUGUGGUGGUGCGUGCGUGGAGCAGUGAUGCACCGACAUGAUGUGUGAGCAGUGCCGCCUCGGGGAGGAGGGGGACGUGGGUGACCCCUCCAGUCCCGCUGCCCCCGUGCCGCCCUGCUGCUCCUGCUGCUGCCGGGGACGCCUGCGGGACACAACCACGCCGCCCCCAGUGCUCACUACCAGGAGAGCAGGGGCGAGAGUGGUGGCCAGUGGCAGUGAGCGGUGUGGUGCCACAGUUAGUGCUAGAACAGUGAGGGCCCCGGGCAGGACUCAGCCGUGGGCGGCCAUGCUGGCGCUCGUACUGGCUCUCGUCCUCUGUCCCGCCACCUGCGAAUACGAGCGGAAAUUCGAAGUAUCGGAGGGUGUGGCAAUAGGCACCAAUAUCGGUUUCAUCGGCGACAGUAACCCCGGACAACCGUUGCCGCCGCAACCGCCAUAUUUGAUAGUACCGGUGCCUGGCAGCGCCGUGGACUCGGACCUCAGGAUCGAGGAUGAUACGGGCGAAAUCAAGACCGAGGUCGUGCUGGACCGCGAACUGAGGUCCUCUUACUCUCUGGUAGCCAUCCCACACUCGGGCGAGAAUAUCCGGGUUCUCAUCAAGGUCAAGGACGAGAACGACAACGCCCCCACCUUCCCCUCCGCCGUCAUGAACAUCGAAUUCCCAGAGAACACUCCGCGCGACGUGAAGCGCACGCUGGCGCCAGCUCGCGACAGAGACCUUGGCAUCUUCAACACUCAACGAUAUCGAAUUGUGUCCGGCAAUGUAAACAACGCCUUCCGCCUCUCUUCCCACCGCGAGAGAGACAGCGUCCUCUACCUCGAUCUGCAGAUCAAUGGAUUCCUAGACCGGGAGACCACAGCCUUUUACUCGCUGCUGAUAGAGGCGUGGGACGGUGGCUCCCCGCCCCUCAAGGGAUCCAUGACCGUCAAUAUCACCAUUCAGGAUGUCAAUGACAAUCAACCCAUCUUCAACCAAAGUCGUUACUUCGCCACUGUACCAGAGAACGCGACCAUCGGCACAUCGGUUCUGCAGGUCUUAGCUACCGAUACUGACUCUGGUGACAACGGCAAGAUCACCUACUCCAUCAAUCGUCGCCAAAGUGACCGUGAGAGCAUGUUCCAAAUUGACCCAAAAUCAGGCGUCAUCUCAGUUAAUCGGCCUCUGGAUUUUGAAACGAAGGAAGUACACGAGUUGGUGGUGGUGGCCCGUGACAACGGUGACCAGCCCCUGGAGACCACCGCCUUCAUCUCCAUCCGUGUCAUCGAUGUCAACGACAACCAGCCAACCAUCAACCUGAUCUUUCUUUCCGACGACGCAACGCCAAAGAUAUCUGAAGAUGCACAACCAGGAGAAUUCGUGGCGAGGAUCUCCGUCAACGAUCCAGACUCGAAAGAAGAAUAUGCGAACGUGAAUGUUACUUUGGAGGGCGGGGAGGGCCACUUCGACCUCACCACGCAUGACAGUAUCAUAUACCUGAUGGUGGUGUCGCGGCCACUGGACCGCGAGAUAAAGCCCAACUACACGUUAGUGGUGUUUGCUACAGAUAUGGGCAACCCGCCACUCCACGCUUCGCGUAAAUUUGACCUACAAGUUACGGAUAUGAACGAUAACGCUCCGGAAUUCGACCAGACUGUGUACUACGCUAACGUGUUGGAGGUGGCCGACCCGGGCACCUCCGUGUUCCAACUAUCGGCGUUAGAUCGAGACGAAGGUAACAAUUCCGUGAUUACGUACUCGAUUCGAGAUACACCUGAGACUCACUCGGACUGGUUCCAGAUUGAUUCUCGGACGGGGCUGAUUACGACGAGGACUCACGUGGAUUGUGAGACGGAGCCGGUGCCGCAGAUUACUGUCAUAGCGACAGACUCUGGGUCACCGGCACUGUCGUCCUCCGCCACCGUCAAGGUCACCAUCCGCGACGUCAACGAUAACGAGCCCAUCUUCGACCAGAGCUUCUACAACGUCUCCGUACAGGAGUCGGAGGCCGUGGCCAACUGCAUAUUAAAGCUUGCCGGCCUGGGAGGCUUCACUUCUGACAGCCUGAGUGUCAAGGGCGCCUAUAGCCGGGGCAAGUACCAGAGGAGAGUUGUCGAGGAUCCUGAAAAAUCAAGAAGCAGAGAAGCGGCUGUAGUUCCGUGGACGACACCAGAAGCCGGUGUUGUCCUCCAGGCCCGUCUUCAGCUAAGAUGCGACACUACACCAGUGAACGACACUAUACCAGCAGACGACACUACAUCAGCAGACGACACUAUACCCAGCAGACGACAGACCGACAGUACACCAGCAGAUGACACUACAGCAGACACUACACCAGCGAACGACACUAUACCAGUAGACAACACUAUACCAGCAGACGACAUUACACCAGCAGAUACACUAUACCAGCGCGACACUAUACCAGCAGGCGACACUAUACCAGCAGACGACACUACCAGCAGACAACACUAUACCAGCAGACGACAUAUACCAGCAGGUGACACUAUACCAGCAGACGACACUAUACCACACAGACACGACAGACGACACUAUACCAGCAGACGACACUAUACCAGCAGACGACAGUACACCAGCGAACGACACUACCAGCAACGACACUACCAGCAGACGACACUACCAGCAGACGACACUAUACCAGCAGACGACACUACACCAGUAGAGGACACUACACCAGUAGACGACAGCAUACCAUCAAACGAGACACAACCAGGAGAUGACACUAUACCAGCAGACGGCAACUACCAGCAGAACGACACUAUACUGCAGACGACACUAUACCAGCAGACGACAGUACACCAGCAGAUGACACUGUACCCGCAGACGACACUAGACGACACUACGCAGUAG